AUACCGGAAGUGAUUGUGGCUGUAGUUUUAAUCACUGCAGAAGGCAGCUGUGUUGAGAAGAAAUUCAGCCGAGUCCGACGAGAAGACAACAUGGGUCUUUGGACUGUUGCUGCCAUGACAGCAGGGGCGGUGGGUGCAGUGGCCCUGGUUCCUGUUGCUCUGGGAGCCGUAGGUUUCACCUCAGCUGGAAUCGCAGCAGGGUCCUGGGCAGCAAGUAUGAUGUCGUCUGCAGCUGCUGCUAACGGAGGAGGGGUGGCAGCAGGGAGUCUGGUGGCUGUUUUGCAGUCAGCAGGUGCAGCUGGAAUUUCAACCGCCACCACCGCAGGCCUGGCCUCCGCUGGGGCUGGUGUUGGAGCAGUAGCAGGACGGCUGAUUAAAUGAAUUUAAAUGAAUUUUAAGCAGGCCAAAUGGAGGAAUAUGAUUGAUCGUAUUAUUGCAAAUUGUUUUUCACUUACUGAUCAGCACUUUGGUGAUCCCUAACAUUUCUGUAGUGAAUCUGUCAUCUUUUAAAUAAUGUGGAGGAUUUUGUGUCGACUGAUUGAAAUAAAAAUCUUGUUCAAUAACUUUAUUUCAAUGCAAUAAAGUGAAUUGAACAGAAAUGUAAAA